UUUCGAGCAAUGUCGAUCUAGCCAUCUGACGCAUCUUGGUCUCCUCUCACACCACGCACCCGUCGUCGCACACUACGCCGUCACCGCCAUGCCACAAGUAUACGAAAAUGAGAUCGUGUACGACUAUCCCCCCGCACACUCCCUCCUCUGGCUCAUGCGCAAGUAUCCCAACCCGCAGAGCCCACAGGUCUUCUCGGUCGACACGCUGUCGCGCACCAUGGAUCCGGAUACGGGCGUGAUUCGGAGCGAGCGGGUGCUGGGGAUCCAGCAGGGUGCGCCGCGGUGGAUUACUAAGCUUUUCUCCCUCCCAGAAACAACAUAUGUCCGCGAAGUCAUCUUCAUCGACCCCGCAAAGGAUCAGGCGAUUAUGAUGUCCAUGAAUCUGGACUUGGCGCAGUACAUCAACGUCCUCGAGUACAUCACGUACACACCAUUCCCGCGCGAAAAAGGCGCGGCCGCACCAUCCACCCUCUUCAAGCAGCAUGCGUUGAUGCACUCUGCAUUCCCGACACGCAUGAUCGCGCGGCGGAUCGAGAAGGCGAGCGUGGACCGAUUCAAGGCGAACGCCGAGAACGGGCGGAAAGGGUUCGACUGGGUGUUGCAGAAGGGGCUGGAGCUAGGCGGGAAUGGGGCAGGCAACGGAAAUGAGGCCUUGGCCUAGACAGUAGAUGUAACAAUCAGUAAACGACGGCCUCACGACAUAUCAUGCAUCGACUCAUGG